CGGCCGGCGUUACAUUCGUGGAAAUUCUCGUGCGAGCGGUGGACACACGGUCGCGAGUCGGUACGAAUCGAAAGGCAUCCCAAAGAGGCAAAGCCAGAGACGGGGGGAGAGAGAGAGAGAGAGAGAGAGGGAGAAUAAAAGCUGCUCUGUUGAGAAGGACGAAAGAGCACGAAGAGGAACCGAACGCGCUCGAAGUAUCACGCCGAUUCGAUGAUCACGAAGCAAGGAGAUUUCUCCGUCUCUUUUCUUCGGCUCGAAAUCCUCUUUAUUGUAUUUUUCAUUAUUUACGCGCUCGUUUCCCCUCUCAGAAAGCUCUUCUAAUCUCGUUCGUCCUUAAAUACUUUUUAAAUUCAUAAAUCAGACGCGAUACUUUCUUGGAAAAUUGCGCGAACGGGCAAAGGUGGCGCGUUCGAUCUAGCAAAAGAACGGUACAAAUCGACAAAACGAGCGGGAGCAAGUUAUACUCGGAUCUCAACUACGCGGAUCUUAAUUUUCGAUACAUCCGAUACCGUCCUUGUCCUCCGAGAUGGGCUCCAAGAACGAGUGGGACUAUUCGAGCCGAAACGGACCCAGCACUUGGGUGGAGAAAUUCCCAAUGGCGGCGGGUUCGAGGCAGAGUCCGGUGAAUAUCGAAACCGACCGGGUAGAAUCCGAUCACGAGGCUCUAAGUAGCAAACCUCUUCGUUGGAAAUAUCCUGCUACUGCAUCCCGGAAGUUGGUCAAUCCAGGAUAUUGUUGGAGAAUCGAUACCGAUGGUGAUGGGACUCUUUUGAGCGGUGGACCUCUCAUGGAUGAUAUUUAUAAGCUCGAACAGUAUCAUUGCCAUUGGGGAUGUAGCGACUCGAGAGGUUCCGAGCAUACCGUUGACGGUCAAGCUUUCGCUGGCGAGCUCCACUUGGUUCAUUGGAACACAAGCAAGUACAAGACAUUCGCGGAAGCUGCGAAAGCGUCGGAUGGUCUCGCUGUGUUGGGUGUCUUCCUCAAGGUUGGUAAGACCCACGAGGAGAUGGAUAAGAUCGCACGUUUAUUGCCAUACGUGUCGCACAAGGACGAAGUUGUAGAAAUAGCGGAUCUCAUUGACCCCAGCAAGUUGCUUCCCGACGAUAACGGUUAUUGGACAUAUUUGGGAUCCCUGACAACUCCACCGUUUAACGAGAGCGUCACAUGGAUUCUCUUCAAGAAAUACAUCGAGGUGUCUCAUCACCAGCUCAACAUCUUUCGUAAUCUGCGUAAAUUCCCACGCGGAGAGGAAUGUCCUUGUCACGAGAAUCACGGGGCUGUGAUCAACAAUUUCCGUCCACCGCUGCCGCUAGGAAAUCGUGUGCUAAGGGAAUGUGGCAGCUUUUAAACUUUCCUUCUUCCCCUCCCCCUCACCCUCUCUCUAUCUCUCUCUGUCCUCCUUUGCAAGAAGAUAGAAGAUUCGUCAAGUUCAGUAGCCGAAUUAGUUACUACUAACGUUCGUAAUGGAUCUUCAAAUCGUGGAGCUUUCCUUCGUAAUCUAUCUGCGUAACAACUACGUGCCUUGUGCUCCUCGAAAUCCACGGUUUUCUUUGAUUUCUGCACGAGGCAAGAGUGUGUCGUUAAAAAUCAAAAACUGCGGAAAUAAGAAAAAUGACAAACAAAAAAUAUUACAUACGAGUGAUUUAUCGACGGUCUAUUUAGUAAAAUAUGUCUAUUUUAAAUGGAUUCUUUACAACUGUUAAAUAUUAACAUCGCGAGACAUUUUUAGAUAUAACGAAAUACAUAGGUAAGAAAAACUCGAAAAUGCUUUAGUUGCACAUUUGAGAAUAUAUGUCGAUAGCACGGUUCUUCUUUAUAAUAAGCUCUGAAGAAGUAAUACUUAUUGUUAGUCAUUGAGAAUAAUCGUGGUAAACUACUCUGUUCCAAGUGCAAUUAAUUAAAAUGAUUGCGUAUGGACGGUCAUUGUUGCAUAUUUGAUAAUAUUUGUGUUUGUGAGAUAUAAAUAUAUAGUUAUAUGUUUGUAUGACACUGUAUAAACUCUCGUAGGAUCGAUCUUGUUCUAUUUUUCUUUCUGUUACUAAUCAUUUUUAUGACGAUUUAAACUCGUUACGGUAAAACGUAAAAACCUAUUGAGUUAAAUUUAACCGAAUUCAUUCCGUACUUUUUUCAUCAUACUAUUGUCAAUGCUUUCCGUUCAUUGUAUAACUAGUUUUAUUCUAUUUUUAUAAAAUGUCAUGUAUAGUAUGAAAAAUAUCAACGCGAGAAUGGACAUCGAAAGAGAUCACAUUGGUUCGAUCCUCCUUGUUAAAGAGAAACAAAAAAAGAAAGAAAAAAAAAAGAAGAAAAAAAAGAAAAAGUGAAAUGAAUAUUCAGAAAGAUAAUCAAAUUUAUAAUGUUUACAUAAAAUGUUAUUCAUCGUUGUUAAAUGUGAAUUAAUAGCGAUAUUUGAUAGAAAAAUAGUUAUAGUAUAUUUAUAAAGCAAAUGUACCAACAUAACUGUGUCGAUGUUUGUGAAACUCGGAAGAUAGUUUCCUAUGAGAAAACGAAGGAAAACUUAAUGUUGGAAAGAAAGAAAUCAAAAAAAAGAAAAGAAAAAGAAAAAAGAACCUUUAUUUUCUAGCCUCGACAGCAAAUAAUGUUGAGCGUAUAUAAAAUGUGCCAUCUUUUAUUGCUAACUACACGCACGGUCUUGCUACCCACUUCAGAUGUUGAUAUUAAUAAUCUCUUACAAUUUUA